AAACCGCAUUUCCAAUGGCAGCACAAUCUCGGAAGCCCGUCCUCAUCUCAGGCGCUGGUCUCGCCUCCCUCCUCCUAGCCCGCUCGCUUCGUCGCUCAAACAUACCUUUCCAAGUCUUCGAACGGGACGAGUCAAUAUCAUUUCGUGGUCAAGGCUACCGUCUGCGUCUCUCCGCCGAAGGGCUAGAUGCUAUUGAAGAUGUCCUUGGCCCAGAAGGCUUCCCCAAGUUCUGGGACAAAUGCGGGAAAACCGGAGGAUCAUCCGGACCCGGCACCAUCGAUGUCUUGACCGGUAAGGAGGUCGAGAUGAACAAACCGGACCAGAAGCCAAAAGAAGAUGAACCGACAGCACCGGAUUCGAAACAGAUGCUGACUUCAAGGGGUGAUAAGACGAUUGGUAUUUCGAGAGGAGAUAUGAGAUCGCUAUUCCUCGAGGGUUGCGCGCCGUAUGUCAAGUGGGGUCACCAGGUCACCGGGUAUGAGUUGACCGCGAAUGGAGUCAAGGCUGUGUUCAAAGAUGGGUCGAAGUCGGAGGAGGGAGAUCUGCUGGUCGGUGGUGAGGGGAUCUACAGCAAGGUCGCAAAGCAAGUCUCGCAGGGGAAAUUGAAGACUUACGAUACCGGUGCGAGCGGCAUCCAUGGACAAGCACCUACCACGGCGUUCAAAGAACUAGGCGAAGGGGUCUGGAUGCUGAACGAUAAUUCAAGAGACGAGGGCAAGGUGUUUGUCAUUACCAAUGUCAGACCUGGUGACAUGGACGAUCCCGAUGUUCAGUUUGGAUGGACGAUGGGCGGCGAGCCGGGAGUCAUCUCACCGCCGAACAACAACUUUUCAAUUGUUGGUAAGCCGGCAGCAGAGAUGGCAAAGUCUCUGACUGCAAAUUGGCAUCCGAGGGUGAAGUCUCUAUUUGAUCAGAUGGAUGAAGCCAAUGCGGCGUUCUGGAAGAUUACCUGCAGUACUCCAUCUGGAGUACCGGAAUGGACAAAUGAGCCGCUAAUCGGCGACGCCGUGCACAGCAUGACUCCCGCGGGUGGCAUUGGUGCGAAUACUGCAGUCCGGGAUUCAGCUCUGCUUGGGAAGCUGCUGCACGAAGCAGGCGGUUGGAAGGAGGGUUUGACGGCGAAGUACGAGCAGGAGAUGAGGGUUUACGGCAGCGAGGCCGUCGCUUGGAGCUACGGUAUGGCUACCAAGCAGUUUGGUAUCAAGAUCGAUGAGGAGACGAGUCCGACGGUGGGAGCGAACUGA